CGCGGUUUAACACCGCAUUCGACGUGACACACAGUCAAAAGGACAACAAUACACCCCAGGACAGCUACAAUAGAAACAACAAAGAGGAAAGACUGCUAGCAACGCGAUAUUCAGGGCGGUAUUGGCAGGUAUGCAGAGACGGGCAGCAAUGGGAGAGAGCUGGCAACUCAAAACAUAAACAACGGAGUAGUUGCCAAGUUCGACGAUACAACAAGCUACAACCUUCCCUUGGAACAAUAAUUUUAAUGAUACUACUACAGAGUGGUGAUAUCAGCACCAAUCCCGGCCCCCAGUGUAGAAAUGUGAAUGAAAAUAGUGUGAAGACAAGAGAGGAAGGAAAAAGACGCCCUAAAUAUCCAUGUAUGCAUUGUGGAAGAGGAAUUAUUAAAACCAGCAAAACAAAGGAGUGUGAAGAAUGUGAAAAGAAAAUAUGUGAAUUGUGCAACAAAGGCAUAUACACGAACAGUAAAUCGUUGAUAUGUGUUCUUUGUAAUAAGGUAGCUCAUUUAAAGUGCAUUAGAGGUAACCUGAAACACAUCACAUGGCAAGAAAGACAGUGUAAAUACAUGUGUAAUUCGUGCUGUCUAGCUGAAUUGCCUUUUCAGGAGGAACAUCACAGUGACAAUGCUCAGGUAAAUGUAGAAAUAUGCAAUGAUUUAAACGAAGGUAAUGAACAUCCUGACAUCACUACACCAUCCAAAUCUGACAGCAAAAUUUACGAAUCAUUUAAUAACAAAGGGUUACACAUAAUACAUAUAAACAGCCGCUCACUCAUGAAUAAAUUGGAGGAAGUUAGAUUAUUGGCACUUAAAACUAAUGCGGCAGUAAUGUGCAUUUCAGAAACUUGGCUUGACGAUUCAGUUACCAACAAUGAAAUAGAAAUUAGUGGAUACCAGGUAAUAAGAAAAGAUAGAAAUAGGAAUGGAGGAGGAGUGUGUAUGUAUAUAAAAUCAUGUUUAACCUUCAACCAGAGGAAUGAUAUAGACACUGAUGGACUUGAAGUUAUUUGGUGUGAAGUACUUUUGCCAAAAACAAGACCUAUUAUUGUUGGUUGUUGCUACAGACCUCCGCAGCAAAAUAAUUUCUUAGAUUUGCUAGAAGAAAAUGUUACAAAAUUUUCCCAAGAGGAUGAAGUGAUAAUUCAGGGUGAUAUGAAUAUAUGUUUUCUUAAGAGAAUAGGGCAACUGUACAAAAGGUAUGUAAACUUCAUGAAAAUGUUUGGUAUGGAACAACUAAUAAGUGAGGUGACCAGGGGAAACUGGUAAAUCAUCAGCUAUUUUAGACCAUAUAAUAUGUAGUAAACCUGAAAAAAAUUAGUCAACAGGGAGUACUGCCAAUAGGAAUUAGUGAUCACUAUGUAAUAUACUGUACUAGAAAGACAGUGAAGGCAUGUAUAAAUAGUCAUAAGAGUAUCAAGAUCAGAUCAAUGAAAACAUAUGAUGCACAGAUAUUCAAUGAGGAAUUAGGGAGCCAAAUCUGGAACAAUGUUUAUGAGGCAGAAACAGUCGAUGAAGCAUGGAACAAU